AUGACAGCAACAACAACGAAUAAUAAUGGCGAUGAUGAUGAUGAGAAAAGCGAGAACGAUUUAGAGAGUUUGUUGCGGAAUCAAAUUCGUUCCAAAAAACUCAACGAGAAGAGGACGACGUCGAAUAAAUUCGGAAACGGGAUCUUGCAACCGCGCAAAGCGCAAAUCGAGAGAGGAAUUGAUACCAUAGCAGCAGCCAUUGUUCCUCCUCUGCGGAUCAACGACGUUUCUCACGAAGAUUUCGAGCUCGGCGCUGUGGCGACCGAUCCUCCUCUCAGAUUUCCAAAAUCUCUUCUUUCUGAUCUCACAAACAUACCUUUCGCAUGCGAUCUCGAAAAAGAAAAAGAAGAAACAAGAACAAGUUGCGUCAUUUCCCGGUGCGAUUUGAACGCGCGAGAUAUUCGGAGAAAGAACAAAGUUAUGGACGCAAUGUUACGCGGUGAACCAGUGUUGCUGAGAAAUUCUGGAGUCGUUGGAAAGCUCGACGCAAAGUUCAACGCCGAUUCGAAAAUCGGACUUGCUCAGGUGUGGAAUUUCGAUCACCUCGCUAAAAUCCUGGGUGUACCAGAUGAUGGAGGAAACGGCGCGCCCACGCAUACGUGGAAAUGUUUCGUUUGCCCCUCGGAUAAACACAGAUUCAUCGAGCACGAUGAAUCAAAAAAUAUCCUCGGCUCGGAUUAUUACGUCAGAGAACCAGAAACACAGUCGCUCGAUUGUACUUUCCACGAGUUUGUUCAGUGUGCGCGUGCGUGGAAAGAUAAGUCAAUUUAUUUCGAGAGCGUUCUUACGAAAGAUUCAAUCUCGAGAAAGACGAUGUCUUCCUCCAACGUGAUGGAGAAAGGUAUCUUUGAUUCAAAAAUUGGACCAUUAGCCAUAGGAGAUUUAGAAAGUUUAUUCGAUUGGAAAUGGUUCCAGAGUUUACUGAGCUUUCAACGCUUUGGUUCGAUUCUCUCUAUGAAGCUGUCGGCGGGUUGUCGAGACAGUCUUCGUCCUUCCCGUUAUAGUCUCGAAGACUCGUUCAUAGUUCAGAUCCACGGUCGCAGACGAAUUCUCCUGAUAAAUCCAGAUCAAACUUACAAGGGCAUGUAUCCGUACCCGAUUGCCCAUCCGUACGACAAAUUUAGCAUGGUUGAUUUGGACGACGUGAACGACGGACAGUUUCCGAACUUUUCUGGCGUGCGAGGGAUGACUUGCAUACUCGAACCAGGAGACAUCCUUUACAUUCCAUCGGGUUGGUGGAGACACGAGCAUGGGUUGUGUGCUGAGCACGUUGCUUUGGAAAUCUCAGUUGCCGCUGGGCAGAGAGUCAGAAGCGACGAGUCGCUGGAAAUACUCGUGAGCAGAGAUCUGGAACGAAGAGUUGGUGAAGUCGUAGGUGCGGGAAAUAUCAAACAUUGGUUACAAAUUAUAGGAAGCGCGGAAGAAACUGAUUGGAUCGAUCUUGGCACUGUUCGCGGAUAUCAACGAAUAUCUAUGACUCAAAUGGUUCGUGACGAAAUCGAUUUGAACCUCGGCUCUGGAAAAUGGUCCGAAUUUCUGAAGCGCAUGAUCGAUGGUCGCUUAGAUCCGACGCCAUGGCUAAACAUCAAAUUCCGUGAGCCGCUGUAUAUUUCCGAUGCAACGGAGAGAGUCGAAGAUACUCGAAACGAAAUCGAAAAAAAGUUUCCAGAAUUUUACGUUCAAAAGUUGCGGCUUGACGGGUAUAACGCUGAGCAUACGCCAAUGACGGUAUUCAACCCGGAACAUCCGGAAACAAUCGCACCGCGAAAGUAA